CUCCUCACCGCCCUGCCGAACCUGCUCCCGAAGCCGUAUGCCGGGACGCGCAUCGCCUUCCGCCUCGUUUACGGCGACAUGUCCGCUCCGAAUCGUCCCGGAAUGCCCGGCCGCUACAUCUCGAGGGAGCUGGGAAGCGUAGUCGUGGGUGCGCAGACAGAGGAGGACGGGAUGGAU